CAGAUCAUUCAUCCUUCCAGCAUUGAGCUUGUGCACCAAGUCUUCGCGAUACAGUACUCUCUAUUCCGUGUCUCCCACUAUGUCGAUCCCAACAUUUGAAGAAAUGCGCUCUCGUCUACAGCCCGUUUGGGAGAAGGAAGCAAAUCGAAGUAUGAUUCUGUGGGCUGGAAUCUUUGGCUCCGUCGGACGCGGACGCGCACAACAGCACUCUGAUGUCGAUAUUGUCCUGGUAAUGAAGAAAGGAGAACAUGGUGAACCAGUGGAGCUUGAGGAAGACUUGAAAGGGGCAUGCGCACGCGAUGUGUCUUACAUUCCUAUAUGGCGUCACCCAGACGGCGAAACAUGGAUGUGGGGUCACGUCCGUGUUGAGGCGCUUCUCUCUGGCCGUACUGUUUACGGAGAUCGCGAAGAUGUCAAGGAUAUGAGGCAAGAAGGGAUCGACGUGCUCGAGAAAGCCAAGGAAAAGUAUGACUCCAUUGCUGAGGCAGUAGGAUCAAUCAAAUCGUGCGUUUCCCGAGCGCAGACGGUUGAGUCAUUCGUCGGUCCUGGCCAUCAAAAGACACGCCAGGAGUGUCUUUGUGCGCUCCGUACCAUUUUACGUCUACUCGACAUCCCCUAUCUUGCCCAUCCUAGCCGAACACUAGUCGACCGGGGUGCAUUCGAUGAAGCAGACAAAAUACGAGAACUAAUCAAGACUCUGCCAUCGACUUCCAUCGACCUCGAAGCUGCGAUGUGGAGAGAUAUUUGGCCACGGUUACAGAAAGGUCAUAACGCUAUGUGGUGUUGGGACAUUGGUUGUGCAGGAGCUCGCCUUUAUAUUGAUCAUAUGUUGGCUUCUGCGAGGCUGGCGGACCACUUCGAAAGGGGAGAAGUCAUCGACGAUAGUCUAUACGUGGAUAUUGUUAGGUAGCUUGUUUGUGGC